AUAAUGCGUCUCUAUGUUAGUAGGAAGGAUGUUUAAGAAACCGAAAAGGAGCUUUCGUGGGAGGAAAGCGGAGUCUAGUGAUGAGGAGAGGGAAGAAGAGGAUGAGACGACCGGGCAGAGCUUUAACUCAAGGCAUAGGCGUCCCGAGAGGAGGGGGAUAACCUGCGGUACCAGAAAGGAAGGGCAGACUACUGCUGAGAGGGAGAAACCUGGUGCAGAUAGCGAGGAAGAGCCAGAUAGUGAGAGUGAAGAAAUUGCAGAGCCCAAUGCACUGCCCCGUACACACCACCCUUUGCUGAGCUUCACCGGGGACGAUAAGGAAGACAAUGCAUCAUUUAAGAUAAAGAGGCCUACAGUCAAUGCUGUUGUAUUUAAAGUACAGAAAAAUACAGAAAAUGGGGGAAGCACAGCACAACCUGAAGCAAAAGACUCCCCAGAAAGCAACAGCAGCUCGGAUUCGGAGUCGAAUAAGCCAGAAGGCAAUUCUUCUUCAGAUGAUGACUCCUCUUGUUCUGCGUCUAGCACUCCAGGUCCAUCACCACCUACAUUAUCAUCAACAGAUGAAAUCCCAGAUGCCAAGACAAUCCGAGCUGCACGCAGGAAGCGUGUGCUGGCCCGUAGACAGGUGGAUUACAUUUCACUUGAUGCAUCACAUAAUGGGUCAAACUCCAGCCAAUCAGACAGCAGUGACGAAUAUGAUGACCACGAGAAAAGAAGAGAGUUUGCUCCAGGGAUAAAAACAACGAGGGAGCAGAUGAUUGAAGAGACACAUAAUCUAGUAUCUGACAGUGAAUCUGACGGAGAUGAAAACCAGGAAAAUGUUGAACUGCAGGACCAAUGGGAGGAGCAGCAAAUAAGAAAAGCUGUCAAGUUCCCACAGGCUAUGGAGGAAGACUUCCCAGAGCAACAGAAGCCAGUGCGUGUUAAACGAAGCAUAGAGCCAAAGCUUACUUUACCAUCUAUAACUAUGGAAGACAUAAGAAGGAAGCUUGUUUCAAGGUUAACCACUUAUCAGGAAGUGCACCGUUCACAUGAACAAGAGAAUGAAAAGUUUACACUUGAUCUUGAGAACUCAAAAAGCUCAAUAAAUAAUCUUGAGAAGGCAACAAGUGAGCUUAGCUACAAGUUUUUCAAACAAAUGAAAACUUUUGUAGAAAACUUCAUUGAUUGCAUGAAUGAAAAGAUUGUCGUAAUAAAUAAACUUGAAUCAGCGAUGUUUAAACUCUUCCAAAAUCGAGCCAGGACCCUUCUAAAGCGCCGACAAGAUGAUCUCCGCAGUGAGUCUGCUGCGCUUCAAAAAAUGUCUGGUAAUGAAAUGCCAGAUAAUGUAACUCAAAAACUUUUAGAACACUGCAAGUUACGAAGGGACAUAAGACAGAAAAUUCGGGAGGAUUCUGGGAACGAAGAUCAUUAUGAGGGGAUGUCCACUGAUGAUGAGAUGCCUUCUGAUGAGGAGGAAACGUUCCAGGAACACAGAGAUAACCUUUCACUGCAGCUUAAAAAUCUAUUUGAAGAUGUUCAUGAAGACUUCCAUCAAAUUACAAACAUCCUUUCUAGAUUUCAGGAGUGGAGGAACAAGUUUUCUGAAUCCUAUUAUGAUGCCUAUAUUAGUUUAUGUCUUCAUAAACUUCUGAGUCCACUCAUCAGAGUGCAGCUGAUGGACUGGAAUCCCUUACAUAAUGCCAUAGACUUGGGACAAAUGGAGUGGUACCACAAUCUGGAAGAGUUUUGUUGCAGCAAUGAUAGCCCUGAAAUAAAUAUCAAGGACAGUGCUGAUCACAAAGUUCUGACCUCUGUCAUUGAGAAGACUCUUAUUCCAAAAGUUGCAGGAUUUGUUGAGCAGGUGUGGGAUCCACUCUCAUCAGUACAGACGGACAAUUUGGUUAAGCUCUGCAAAACGUAUAUCAUAGAAAAUGAGACUAGUACGGCAGUUAAGGGUUUUAUAGAUUGCAUUGUUUCACGACUAAGGAAAGCAAUUGAAGAUGAUGUGUUUAUUCCUCUCUAUUCCAAAAGUGUUUUGGAGGACAAAAUGUUGCCCCAUUCAAGAUUUCAAGAUAGACAGUUUUGGUCAGCUGUUAAAAUGCUACGUAAUGUUCUCAGUUGGGAUGGAUUUCUUGAAGAGACAACAUUGCAGGAGCUCGGUCUUGACAAAUUACUUAAUCGCUACCUAUUAUUAGUACUUCUAAAUACUCAGCCAGGAGUAGAGUGUGUCAAUAAAUGCAGCAAGGUGGUAGAAUGUCUGCCACAGAGUUGGUUCCGAGGUCUUCAGAGUGGAUCAUCCAUCCCUCGUUUGGCAAAUUUCAGCAAACACAUCCUGCAGUGUGUACACGCGCUGCACAAAACUAAUGAACGGCACCACAUGGAAAUAUUAGUCUCUCUGUUAAUGAAGAUAAAAGCAUUUGAUUAUGCAGAAGAACUUGUCAAACAGUACAGCUUGGAAGGAAUUAGUUGUAAAGUGAAUUUUUAAAAGAAAACCAAAUGUGAGGAAGAAGCUAGUGCAAGAUGAUCCUUCUUUUCAUCAUCUGGUUUUGCAGCCUUUGGAACUAAAUUACAAAUUCCACAUGAACAACGGCUGUUUCAUACAGUUAGAGCACCAUCUAGUGGCCAUUGUAACGCUUUGGUAACAACUAGUUAUUGGAACCUGGUGUCAUCUGGAUGUUUGUGAAACUAUUGACUAGCAAAGUCCAAAUAUAACUACCUGAAAACAAAACUAAUAGUAGUUUGUACAUUCUCAUCUGCUUGUGUUAAAGUAAUACAUAUGAAGGGUAGAUUUAGUAAAACAUUGUAUGUUUAAAUCCCUUGGUUGUGUAUUUUUAAAUAUUUUGUAUAAAAUUGAAAUGUUCUCUCUGCUUUUAAGAUUGCCUAGUUUGUUUUCUUGAGAUAUCUGAGAAGAAGAUUAAAAUAUAUUCUGCUAAAUUUUCAGUGUGUACAGAAAUAAAGUUUAUUGUAAAAA